UCAACUAGAAACUGCGAAUCCCUCCGAAUUCUGAAUUCCCUCUUCUGUGUGAUCCAACCAUAACAGAAAUUCGGACCAAACAUUCGUCAGAAAGAACAAAGUGAUCGGUGAUCGAUGAUGUCGGGCUUUAAACUUAGCACCAGUGCUUUCAUCUACGUUCGCACAGCCACCAAAACCAAACCCCUCUCAUGGACCCCUAACACAAGAACAACCCCAACCCAACACCGCCGCAGGUACAUUCCUUCUCCUUCCCUUUCCAAAAACCAAAUCCUAGGGUUUACACGUUCACACAAAUUGCCAUGUUUGGGAAGAGCUAGUCUUGUCACGGAUUUAGGUUCGCCCGUGCCAUCACCACAGCCUCAACCUCAACCUCAACUUCAAGCUCAGUCUAAGCCUGAGCCAGAACCAGAAUCUUCCAAAUUGCUCACUCUGCCUACAAUUCUUACUCUGGGUCGUGUCGCCGCAGUGCCACUUCUUGUUGCUACUUUCUACAUGGAUGGUUGGCUUGGAACUGCUGCUACUACGAGUAUUUUCGUCGCUGCAUCAAUCACAGAUUGGCUUGAUGGCUAUCUUGCUCGCAAGAUGAAGUUGAAAUCUUCAUUCGGGGCAUUCUUAGACCCGGUAGCUGACAAGCUUAUGGUUGCUGCCACACUGGUCUUAUUGUGCACUAGACCUUUGGAUGCUGGUGUGUUUGGACAAGCACCGUGGCUGCUGACUAUACCUGCAAUUGCUAUAAUUGGUAGAGAGAUAACCAUGUCUGCAGUCAGGGAAUGGGCUGCUUCCCAGGAUAGCAAGCUUUUAGAGGCGGUUGCUGUAAAUAACUUGGGGAAGUGGAAAACAGCCUCACAGAUGACAGCAUUAACAAUCCUUCUUGCGACCCGGGACUUGAGCCAUGGAGGAGGAGCUGUCAUUUUAGUUGGCUCUGGUGUUGGUUUGCUUUAUACUUCAGCAGGGCUUGCCUUAUGGUCUUUGGUUGUAUACAUGAAGAAAAUUUGGAGGGUGUUGUUGAGGUAGCAUGCCUGCUGCUCCAUGUAUUCAACCAGAUAAAUUUCAAAGUUAGCAAAUACAUUUGGUGCAGCGAAUAGAUGAAAUAAUGUGGGAAGUGAUAAACAUGAUUUGGUGGAUUUCUUCAACAUCACAGAUGCUGUUGACGAUUUGCCUGGUUAUGCCUCAAGAUUAAUGUUCAAGAUAAUGAAUAGUGGGCAUGCAUAGAAAAGAUUGAACAUGCAAGCUUCCACUAUCACCUCAAAUAUCAGCAUCAUUGGUUCAUUGAAGCAUGUGGCUCGGUGAUUUUAUAAUCGAUUUUGAAUGUUUGACAACAACAAUUAUUGGAUUCAUUGAAAGAUGGGAUCAAGAAAAGCUUACCAAUUCAGCGGGAAUGAAAAUUCAGACAAUUUGAGGGUUCAUAAGUUUUUUUUUUUCUGAUCUUUACAAGAAUAUAAAGAUGAUAUCAAAUUUUUAUAACUGUCUGUUGGUUGUGUAUACUUUUUUUUAUUAAGAAUUCAAUCCUUACAACACA